AACGGAAAAUUUCAGUUUGCAGCAUUUAUUCAUGAAUCCAACGAGUCCUCCUACACGCCUUUGCUCAUCUUCAUUAAUAAACGUAGUGGAGGGCAAACUGGCGCAAACAUUUAUGAAAAGCUAUUAAACCUCUUAAAUCCCAGACAAAUAUUUCUGUUAGAUAAUAGUCAAACAAUAUUGCAAGCUUUGGAAAUCUAUCGUGGCGUAGCAAAUCUCCAUAUUUGUGUAUGCGGUGGGGAUGGUAGCGUGGGAUGGGUCUUAGCCAAAUUAGCUGAAGUCUAUGAUGGUCCAACAAAUCCGCCUGUUGCCAUUUGUCCACUUGGAACUGGGAAUGAUUUAUCACGAGUUUUAAACUGGGGUCGUGAAUACGAGAGUAAACGUUUACUCACAACACUGCUACAAAUUCCAGCAGCUGAAAAAGCACCGCUCGAUCGAUGGCACGUAGAAUUAGAAUCAAUUGCAGAACGACAAACUCCAGAUGUAUUGAAUGGUCCAUCAUUUUUGCGUGAAACAAACCGACUCCUGUAUGAAAAUUUUCAGAUGUUGCCAAAUUCCUAUUUUAUUAAUUAUAUGUCGUUCGGGUUAGAUGCAGCGAUUGCACUAGACUUUCAUGAUCAUCGAGCACGUAAACCAUCGAAAUUUUCUAGUCCGUGGAAAAAUAAAGUGAUGUAUAUCAAUGAAAGUCUUAAAUAUGUUGGUGAUUUUGCAAAGGCUAGCCGAUGGGAUCUUAGAGGUUAUAUGAAAGUAAUCUGUGAUGGUGUGAAUCUAACCUAUUCUCUGCGUAAUUGUCACACUCUUGUUAUACUCAACAUUCCUGGCUAUGCAUCGGGAACAAAUCCAUGGGGGAAAUCGUCCACGACUUUUCCAAAUAAAGAGUUUUCGGAAAAUGAAGAUGCGUUUGAGUUAGAAACUUUACAUGACGGGAAGAGGGAUGAAUCAUCGACGCCGACUACCAUGGAUCGACAAGAUUUUGGUGAUAAAAAACUUGAAAUUGUCGGCCUAUCAGCAACACAUAUGGGCCUUAUACACGUUGGAUUUCAUGGUCAACGCAUUGCUCAAUGUAGUCAUUUAACAAUUGAACUACAAACACCGAUGUUAGCUCAACUGGAUGGUGAACCAUUUUACAUACCGGCUUCCGUUGUUGUAAAAGUGACACAUUCGGGUCAAGUUAUGGUGCUUCGAUAUAAUUCAGUUUAA